AUGACUUUUUUGACACGAGUUCUCAAAGCUGGAGUAACGUCUCAAGUUGGAGUAACGUCUCAAGCUGUGAAGCACAAAAGAUUCAGUACCAACCCAUCUGUCAUCCUAAACUUUGGGUUCAUCUUGGGGUGGUUUUGCUAUAAAAAGAGGGCUUGGGGUUCUAUUGCAUUGCCACUCACAGAAGAGUAUCUCUCAAAAGGGUCUCUUUUUCUUCAAUUUCUGAUCAGAUUUUGGUGGUCUUGA